AUGUCAUUCAAGCCAUUCCGUCCCCCACUUCCCAGAAAGCCACAACCCUCGACCACAACUGCCACAGCGCGCGUGCCUUCAAUCUCUGAAGAGCCUUUGCGUAAACGAAGGCGGGUGAACACCUGUGAUGAUGAUGGGGACAAUGAAAUAGUGAAAACUUGCGAUAAUGAGACAUACUACAGUGUUCUUUGGCGCAAACCUACCGCUAAGAAGAAUAAAACUUGGGAUGGAGACGGAAUCAUCAUUGUUCGUGGCGGUUACGGCUACCUACAGGAUGUGUCUGGGCGGGAAAUGGGCAAGAUUAUGCUGAGAUCUAGCCUGGAACCCGGAGCCUCAUUGUCUAUAAGUGGUAAGGAUGUCGAGGUGGAGUCAGUGCUUAGCCAGAAGGAAUUCCUUUCCACUUCAAACGGAGCGCAGAAAGAGAGCAUUGAAAAAAAGAGUAGAAUUGCAAAUACUCCAUCCAAUCACUCUUGCCUUCCUUCUAAUACAGUCUCGAAACCCGGAAUGAAAAUUUCGCUGAAUGAUUUGAAGAUACAAAAACCCCUUAAUGUGUCUGCCCCGCGGAGUUAUGCCACCAAUAGCUCCUUUAAGAACCCUCAAAAGCAGUCCACCGUUUUACCACAGGGAUCAAGCGGGCAGAUAACCCCUAGGCAUGACCCAACUCUACCUGGCGCUGUGGUAAUGAAAAGGCCUAGCUCAGUCCCCGCUGGAAAACAGAUAGUAGAUGUCGUCGUUGACCCGAUUCUAGGGAAACAUCUAAGGGAGCACCAGAGGGAAGGUGUGAAGUUUCUUUAUGAGUGUGUUAUGGGGCUGCGGCCUUUCAAUGGUGAAGGAGCUAUUCUAGCCGACGAAAUGGGCCUAGGGAAAACUCUGCAAACAAUAGCCUUAAUUUGGACCCUACUGAAGCAGAAUCCCAUAUACGGUUCUCAGCCAGUAGUCAAGAAGGCCCUAAUUGUGUGCCCGGUUACCCUUAUUAACAACUGGAAAAAAGAAUUUAAGAAAUGGCUAGGCAGUGAUAGAAUUGGGGUAUUUGUUGCUGAUGGUAAGGGAAAUCGAAUAUCGGAUUUCACAAUGGGACGAAGCUAUAGUGUUAUGAUCAUUGGUUAUGAGAGGCUACGCUCUGUGCAAGAUCAGCUUACGAAAGGACCUGGGAUAGACAUUGUUGUUGCUGACGAGGGCCAUCGGCUGAAAACUGUGCAAAACAAGAGUGCUCAGGCCAUUCAAUCUCUAAACACUACACGCCGAAUUAUUCUUUCUGGGACACCAAUCCAGAACGAAUUAAGCGAAUUCUUUGCUAUGGUGGAUUUUGUCAACCCUGCCCUCCUAGGAACGUUUAAGUCAUUUAUGAGGGAGUUUGAAGGCCCAAUUGUUGGAGCUAGACAGCCAAAUGCUCCUAAGAAGGUCAUCGAAAAGGGGAAGGCUAGAAGUGAAGAACUGGCGGAGUUGACGUCACCGUUUAUCCUCCGCCGGACAGCUGAUAUCCUUUCAAAACAUUUGCCACCAAAAACAGAGUAUAUAUUAUUCUGCAAUCCUACUUCUGCGCAGAGAAGUGUAUACCAUCACGUUCUCGCCUCUCCUAUGUUCCAGUCCGUGUUGAGAAACUCCGAAAGUGCUUUACAACUUAUCACUAUUCUGAAGAAAGUAUGCAACAGCCCCUCGUUGCUUAAGCCGAAGGUAGAGGAUAAUGGCAAAUGUGAAGACACAUCAAUGAGUGCUUUAUUAUCCUCUCUCCCGCCGAGUAUCCAUCGCUGUCUUGCUGCGGGUUCCAGCGGGAAGAUCAGGGUUCUCGAUCAAUUGCUCUAUAACCUACAGAGUAAAACAACAGAGAAAGUCGUCCUGGUGUCCAACUAUACUUCUACGUUGAACCUGCUAGCGAAUCUCCUGACAUCGCUAGACCUCCCAUUCUUGCGCCUAGAUGGUUCUACACCUGCCACCAGACGUCAGGCUCUGGUAGAGGAUUUCAAUCGCUCUCCAUCUUCAUCUUGUUUUGCAUUCUUACUUUCCGCAAAAGCAGGGGGUACAGGGCUGAACCUCAUCGGAGCCAGCAGGCUUGUACUUUUCGACGUGGACUGGAACCCAGCAACUGACAUCCAGGCAAUGGCAAGAAUUCAUCGAGAUGGCCAGAAGCGACACUGCCAUAUCUACCGUCUGUUGCUCAAAGGUGGAAUAGAAGAGAAGAUCUGGCAGCGACAGGUGACUAAGCUUGGUUUGGCAGAUAGCGUUAUGGAUCAAAAGGGUGGCAUAGCUCAUUUUUCACAGGAGGAAUUGAAAGAUUUAUUCCGUCUGGAUGAGAGCUCCAAGUGCCAAACUCACGAAUUAUUAGGAUGCGAGUGUGGUGGUCGGGGAGAGACGCCUAAGGGUAUAAAGGAGGAAGACAACCUUUGCGCAGAAUCAACCUCUGUUUCUUCUUCCGAGGAUGACGACCAUGAGCUGGAAGAUUCAGACGACGAGUUCCCUGAUCUUCCAAAGCUGAUGAAAGCGUCGGAGCUCAAGAUAUCUGAAGCACCUCAACCUUUAUCUAAACGGCAGAGAGCAUAUGAGAGAGCCAAAAAGCGUUUCUUAAUGCAAUACGCCCAUGUUGACACUACCUUGCUGAACACCGGAGGAGAACAAGAUGUUGACGGAGAGGAGGCCGUCUAUGAUACAAACACAAGUAUUGAAGCAAUUAUUGGAGAUGAAGUUCUAUUGUCAUUGCUAAAAGAAGAGAAAAGUGGAGUGGGAUAUCUGUUUAAGAAGAAUGGCUUUGCGAAUGCUCCAUUGCUCGUUGAUUAGAAACUGAGGACUGGGCUGGUUGCAUUAAAUUAAAUAGAGAUGUAGAGAUAUAUUAACAAUACCAGAAUUUGUACGGGGUAUUUAUAGGUCAUUUCCCUUUUAUCUUCUUUUUGAAAUGCUUGAUAUUGAUAUUGUCAUGAAAAGGGGGUUGACAUCACCUUUAAAGCGUACGUCAAUCGUGACCGUUGGAUAAAUGUAAAUAAACUACUUUUAGUUCCUCCUCAUUUAGCCAAUCAUAAUCCUCACAAAAUACCUAAUCUCGUAAUUAGCGUUGUUGAUUGGAUGUUUCAUUUUAAAGUUUAGAGGUACCCGGCCAAACUGACUGCAAACAAAAACACCCAACGGCGCUUCCUUCCGCCGAGCUGAUGCCACAUGCUGUGGGCCUUUUCUCGCACUGUAGCUGGAUCAUGACGAGUGAACAGACAUUGCAGAUUGUAUUUUACAUCUAUCCACAAUUAAUGACUGAAUUAUGAAUUACUAACCAGCGCGCCCUACUAGCUAUGAUGUAUAUUAGGUAUAAAAUAUGAGGCAACAAUCAUGCAAACACCAUGGUCUAGAUGCAUACUGGGAAGAAUAAUUGCGGUGGGUCCACGGAUAACCACAGAACUAUUAACUUGUUACUAUUACUUAAGUUCAUCUACUAAUUUCUGCUUGGGUAUGCUGGUGGGAAUAAACAAUAUGCAGGAAUUUGAUCCACAAUUUAUACAGAAUGUGCAUCCAAUUAAAGAGAUUUUGGAUUUAGGGACGGAGUUAAUAUUAUGUAUCUUGGUAUAUGGGUAAGUAUAUGCCUGCGACUCGUCUUUCAUAGACGUUACCAGUGGGUUGUAGUAGUUAACCAGGCAGGAAACAUUGUCUUUUAUUCUUGCGUUGGCGGUCUUGUAGGAGUAACUAACUAAUAGUAGUAGUUUAAUGUUCCUUUACUCGUGGCGCCCGUGCUGGUAAUUCAGGGCGGAAAGACGAGGCGGAGGGAUAGGAAG